AUGGCAAGCUUUGAUUUGAAACCAAAGGUUAAAUUCCUAAUAUUGGAUAAGCCGGUCCAGUGGGGCCAAUGGAAAGCUCAAUUGGACAUCCUGCAACAGAUCGAAGUCGCUACAAAGCCCGAUGAUAACUUUGAAACUCAACGCGAAACGUUUACUCAAGAGGAUCUUGGAGCUGCGUCUAAGUCAAUUUAUCAUACCAUCUCUCGACGACUUCAACAGGAGUUUUUUUAUAUCAUGAAAGAACCCUACACGUUUUUCAAGGCUCUGAAACCCAAAUUCAAGGUCAACACCCAAGGAGGAAUCGGACGUUUGAAAAAAGAGCUUUGGGCAAAAACGCAGAAGAAUAACAAAACUUUGGAAGUUUUUAUCGGGGAUAUUAAUUUGAAGAAAAUGGAAUUCGAGAAACGCGAGGCCCCACCACCUGAGAUUGACUUGAAGACAGUCUUGAAGGAGGGUCUCAAUGAACGUUUAAAUGCAGCCAGAGCUCACCUUAAAACAGUCGACACUUAUAUUAUGAGCUACGAGGAGCUCUGUGAGUACCUUGGAAAAUUCGAAAUGGAAGAAAUCCAAACGUCAACCACUAACACCGAAUCUCGAGGAGGAGAAAGGGCACUUUUAGCUAAAACAGAGCGACAGUGCUUCAAUUGCAAUAAGCCUGGUAAUUUGCUCGCGAUUGCCGAUCCAAACAUCGCAGACCCAGCCCAAACCAGAAUUUCAGCAAUUACUCUGACCGCAAGGAAUAUCGUAAACCAUAUGAAAACCGAUACUCCGACAAUUGUGGAAAAGAUUUUGACGAACGACAUAACCGUGAUAGAGCUGAUGAGUCUGAUAAUACCGCAAAGACUAUUCGACACCGAAGUCUUCACCCUACUCACGAUGUUCCGGCUAUCUGCCGAGAGAACCCCACUACCACAAGGAUAA